UUCAUAUUCUUUCCUUCGCGCCUAUGCUCAGGAAACCCCCUCUUCAAGCUAUAAAUUCCUCUGCAAAACUUCUCAGUUCUAAAAAAAUAUUCAAAAUUUCUCUGUUAUGGUGCCCUUGUGUUAAAUACAGUGAUAAUGGAGGCCAAGAACAGAAGCCAGACAUAUGGAGAUCCCGAGAGUGGAGGAAGGGCUCUUUACCCAGACCAGCCGGUAUACGAAACCCCACUUCGAUGGGCUUUCAUAAGAAAAAUAUACACAAUUCUGAGCCUUCAGUUGCUUCUCACCAUUGCCGUGGCCGCCGUCAUUGUCUUUAAUCAUCCGGUCGCUCAAUUCUUUGUCUCCACUCCAGCCGGUCUCGCAUUAUACAUAUUUCUCAUGAUUUUCGGCCUAAUCUUGUUAUGUCCUCUGUUCUAUUUCUCGCAGACACACCCUGUAAAUCUUAUUCUCCUGGCCCUCUUUACGCUUUGCAUCAGCUUUUCUGUUGGAUUGACUUGUGCUUUCACCAGCGGGAAAGUUAUACUUGAGUCAGCGAUUUUAACUGCUGUGGUGGUGGUGAGUUUGACUGCAUAUACAUUCUGGGCUGCAAGCAGAGGCCAUGAUUUCAGUUUUCUGGGACCCUUUCUCUUCGCCGGAUUGAUGGUGCUUCUGGUUUUCAUUUUCAUUCAGGUUAUCUUUCCGUUAGGAAAAUUGUCCAUGAUGAUAUAUGGGGCAUUGGCUUCAAUAUUAUUUAGUGGUUACAUUAUUUAUGAUACUGACAAUUUGAUUAAGCGGUAUUCAUAUGAUGAAUAUGUUUGGGCUGCAAUAUCCUUGUACUUGGACAUCAUUAACCUAUUUUUGUCAUUGCUCUCACUCCUUAGGGAAGCACAAGAUUAGUAGAAAAGAUUUGAUGAUAACAAUUUCAAUUGUAAAGAGAAUCUUGUGGGAUAUGAUAUUAUGUGUACAUUUUUCAAGGUGUAAA